AUGAAACAUCUUCGAAGUUACUAUAACUCAGAAGCUCAAAUGAUAAGAGGUGGGUUUCCUCAGCCAUUCAUCUCUAGGACAUACCAAACCAGUUUCUUGAAGCAAAGAUCAAAGACAGAGAUAAAAGUUGUAGCCGCAAAGAAACACAGUGAAGCUGAAAAGAGACGUAGAAUGAGAAUCAAUGGUCAAUAUGAAACCCUCCGAACUAUCCUUCCCAACUUGAUCAAAAAGGACAAGGCAUCGGUGUUGGCAGAGACUAUCAAGCAAGUGAAGGAGCUGAAGAAAAAAGUAUCAAAAGUGGAACAAGAGAGUUGUGGUAGCUCAUCAAAGGAUGUUGUUAAGUUUCCUAGUGGGGCAGACAGGUUGAGGUUGGAAAAAUGUAAUAAUGAGGAGGACCUAGUGAAGGCCACAUUGAGUUGCGAGGAUAGUAUGGGAUUGAUGUCUGCAAUAUCAAGGGCAAUGGGAUCAGUGAAAACCAAAGUGGUGAAGGCUGAGAUAGUGAGUGUGGGAGGGAGAAACAGAAGUGUGUUGUGGGUGCAAGGUCUUGGGAAUGAUCGUAUGGGGAUGCUCAAGAGCUCUUUGAAGAUUGCCAUGCACAAGCCAGCCUUUAAGAUGCGCCGUUCUACUCACUAAAUCUCUGUUC